CGACUGUCCUGUCAAACAGCGGUGUGAAUGUCCACAUCUGUGCUCCUGUGUUGUUAUAUACGUCACGCGUGACGGCUGAGGAGAAAACCCCCCCAGCAGCGUUCUCGUCCAAACUGUACAGGCCAAAAACAGAAUCUGAAGUAGAUCAAACAGUGGGCUGUGAUUCAGCGAGCAAAUGGCGUUGAAAAGAAUCCAAAAGGAACUGACAGAUCUACAGAGAGAUCCUCCAGCCCAGUGUUCAGCAGGUCCAGUCGGAGAGGACUUGUUCCACUGGCAAGCGACAAUAAUGGGGCCGAAUGAUAGUCCAUAUCAAGGAGGAGUUUUCUUCCUCACGAUUCACUUCCCAACAGACUACCCAUUUAAACCACCAAAGGUCGCGUUCACAACAAAAAUCUACCACCCUAACAUUAACAGUAACGGCAGCAUUUGUCUGGACAUCCUGCGGUCUCAGUGGUCACCUGCGCUCACGGUAUCCAAAGUCUUGUUGUCCAUCUGCUCCCUGUUAUGUGACCCGAACCCAGAUGACCCGCUGGUACCCGAGAUCGCACACACAUAUAAAGCAGACAGAGAAAAGUACAACAGACUAGCGAGAGAAUGGACGCAAAAGUACGCCAUGUGAGAGAGUGCCUGCAUGAACCGCUCCAGAAUCAAACGGACAGCGAAACGUGUUUUUACUUUGAACAAGAGGAGUAAACAUGAGUGAAUGUUGAGUGGAUUGAAACUAAAACAACAGACCCUUUGGCCAGAAGCAGAAUGAGGAGGUGAGAGUCUCAGUCCUCCGUCAUGUGCCGUUGUUCUCACCGCGAAUCAACCUGGAAUAAAAAAAAAAACACACAAACAAAACUCCAGGAAAACUGUCAAACCGGACAAACCUCGGGGUGCCACAAAACCCAGGAACUUAGACUUGUAGUUAGCUCUAUUAUUACUGUCAUUGUGGAUUUUUUCUCAGUGUUACUCUCGUCAUCACUGUGCUGUGGUAUGCUGAAUGAGGAAACGGUGGGCUGUUGGAAAGCUGGCGGUGCGGAUUUUAAGGAAAAUGUUGACUUUUCAAACAGUUUACGAAUGUAAAUGUAAAAAAAACGGAUGUAUUUUUGGCUGUUAGACAGAAUGUACACUGCAAAAACUAAUCGUUCUUGAGGUUUUAGGCUUGUUUCAAGUCCAAAUAUGUAAGAAUUCUUAGAGAAGCAUUUUCUAGACUAGUUAAAAAUUAUGUUUUGUGUCAAAAUUAAGGGAAGUUUUCCUUAAAACAAGCAUAAUAAUGUGCCGUUGGAGUGAGUAAAAUAGUAUUGCUAUCAGAUUAAAAUAAGUUUAUUUUAUUAUUAAGUUUAUUAUUGCAUUUUUUAUAAUUAAUUGUUUAAUUCACCCAAUUAUUUAGCUUGUUUUAAUAAAUAACUUACUUAAUUUGGACGACUUGUGUCUUAAAAAAAAACAGUAUUUUUUGCUAGUCUUGAAAGGCUUCUUGCUUUAGGAAUUUGUAGAUAUUUGGACUAAAAUGGGACAAAAACUAAGUAAGAAAACAUUUAUUUAUUUAUUUUUGCAGUGUAUUGCCUUCCAAUGCUCCCGCCGUUUCAGUGUUAUUCCAUAAAACACUACGAAUGUGAUUUGGGAAACGGUUGUGUCUCUAAUGAGCAGGUGUGAUUUUUAUUUUGGAAAAAAAAUGAAGAAAAAAAAA